CCAAGCAUCAGAAGCAUUUGGAGCAGAAAGAGCAGAGAACACAAGACAAGCACCAACAUAUUUCUCUUCUAAUAAUUUGGGAACACACCCACCACAGCAGGGAGAAUCCCCUUUGAUGGCAGUGGGAGGAGAACAAGGGAGGGAUGGAGAAUGCAGGGCUGAGGCUGGAGAGGAGCCGUUCCUGGGCUGGAAGCAAUGGGGGCUGGAGCAGAGCCUCACCCUGCAGGGCAGGGUGGGGGUGAGGGAGCCCUGCCCCAGCAGCAGCUGCACGGCUUCUGCCUUGCCUGUGUGUGCCUGCACUGCUGUGCAUGGCUGCAGCUCCACCCGUGUGUGCCUGCACUGCUGUGCAUGGCUGCAGCUCCACCCGUGUGUGCCUGCACUGCUGUGCAUGGCUGCACCUGUGUGUGCCUGCACUGCUGUGCACGGCUGCAGCUCCACCUGUGUGUGCCUGCACUGCUGUGAGUGGCUACGCAGCAUGUCAGCCAUAGAGACUUUGGGCCUGACUUGAGAAAAAUUUCCUGUCCUUUCAGACCUUGCCAGGUUAGAACAGUGGUGCUGAGUGUGAGAUCUCUUGUUUUGGGUAAGUAAACCCAAAAAAUGAACCAAACUGUAGCCCUUUGGUUCCUCUUCUUGGACUUCAGGAAAAGUCUGGCAGGACCACACACAGAUCACCACAAUCAGCUGUCCUGCUGUGCAGAAUGGGAUUAACACAGACUGAAGAUAAAGAAAAACUAAAAAGAAAAUGGUUUGUGCUCCCGGUGAGACUGAAAAGCAGGAAAACACCAAUGGAGUUUGCCUGCGAUCAGUCUGGAGAUUACUGAUAUCCUUUGUGUUUUAAUGACUUGGGUAUAAAAGAAGAAUGUCCUGACUACGUUUUUCAUCUGUUAUCUGCUGUGCAGAAGCCAGAUGGGGCAAAGACUGGGCAAAAGGGCAGGACUGGAAGAAUUCAGUGCCAUGUGUUUGUAUUCUGUGAUCUUUUGACUAGAUCAGGUUCUUUAUUUCUGAGGGGAAAGUGGCCGUGCUCUGUGAGGUGCACUGCCCCACCAGUGUGAGUUCUGAUUUCGGGGACCUUUGCCCUCUGCCAGCACCGACUCUGCUGCUGAGGGCUCUCCAGAGGGCUCCACUUCCCAUGGGAAGCAGAAGCUGAGCAGCAGGAGCAGCUCUGCCCUGAGCCCUGAUGUCACUGACGUGUCCUCAGGUGGGCCAUGGAGUGUCCCUGUGCCCGGGCAGAGGGAGGGGAUGCACCUGGAAGUGCCAUAGGGCAGAAAGUGCCCCCCUGCCAAAGAGGCCUGGAAAACUGCUAGAGAUGAAGGAUUAAUAGACAGUCAGGUAGGGCAAGAUUUCGAGGGUGAGGAUGACACCCUCUUCACCUGAAGUUCCUCAGCUCUCCUGCUGCAUUUCCUGGUUAUUGUGAUGUUAAUUGUGCAACUUCCACCCCAAAGGAAUGCAGGCUUCGGUACUUUUAGCACCAGAGGCCUCUCAAAGGAAAAUGGAAGGGACUUGAAUGAAAGAGAUAUUGAGGUUACAAGAUGGUGACAAGGCUGAAGGUAGGCACAUUUUAUCAUUACAACCAAAAAUAUGUACUGUUCUCAUGUGAGCCAUUCCAGCAGGGAAGUUUUGCUGUUUCCAUACUGGGAUGAGUACUUCAGGUGAGGAGUCAGCAAUGCUGCUGUGAGGUAAGGGAGGAAUUUUUCUGCUAUGUUGUCGUGAAAACAGUCACAUAUUCCCAUUCUGAAAUUGCAUCAGAAAUUUUGUGUGGGGCUUUUAGAGAUAUAAUUAAGAGACUUCUGGGUAGAGAUGAAGUGCGGGAGGCACUGUAUACCAGGAGUGGUUCAUUGUGAAAGCUUUGAUCUCACAGGAGGGAGACUUUGACACUAUUUAUGAAAAUCUGUGUUCCAAAACAGUGCUAAGAAUAUCAAAGCAAUUUUUUUUAAACAGCUGUAUUCAGUUACUGCAUUCAGAGAUACAAGAGAAACCGAUUUCCACAUAAAGCAAAAGAGAGACAGGGAAGAGUUUAAGGAAAUGUUGAGGAUGGGUGCUUGUCAACCUCCACAGCCACAAGCAGUAACACAAAGCACAGCAGGUAAAUCUACCACUGCUCCAGAUCAACUGUAGCAAAGUGAGUCAGCUUUUAUUCAGCCUCUGGCCUAAAUCCCUUAUUUUAUGGGGCUUGUGCUGCCUUUGGGCUUGUGCCCCCACUCAGGGGCUCUUGGGUCUGCAGGACUGAGCUCUGGUUCCUGUGGCAGGGCUGGAUCACAGCCCCCUGCCACAGCCAGAGCCUCCCCUCAGCGUGGGGGGCUGCAUUCCAGUGACCCCAGAGCUUCUAGAAGAACAGCAGAAGGAAAAUCAAGAGCCUUUGAUGGAGCUCGCAGCUUCAGUGUUAAAUAACACCCGCUCCCAACAGCUGAGUGGGGGCAGGACUCAUUCCAGAACUAUUAAUAAAGCCCCUAUUUAUACCCCAGGUUCCUGUGAACGGUGCAGCAGAAAUCUACAGCUGCGGAGCUAAAAUGGAAUAAAUGUCAGCCUCCGGGGAAAAGUAUCAUCCCCUGGGAAAGGAGAAAGCCGAAGAACAGCCCUGGGGCAGGUUUCAGAGCCGAGGAAGCAGAGGGUGAGCGGCAGCACCCUGAGCUUGCAGGCAGUGGGCAGAGCCAGCCCUCGGCUCCCUGCAGCCGCAGGUCUGUGCAGAGCUGCCAGAGAUGCAGCGUCAGAGGCGGCUCCCGCUGCUGCCAGAGGGACCGGCAGGGCUCGAGCCGAGCCGGAGCCAGGUGUGACCCAGGCAAAGAGGCAGAAAGGACCUUUGGAGAGGCUCGGAGUGCCUUGUCUGCUGGACCGGCAGGACGAUGGAGAGCACGGGAGGGCCGUAUCUGAACACAGCCGCUGUGACCUCCCCGGUGGGAAUAGCUCGGCUGCUGCAGAUGACCUUCGGAUGCGCCACCUUCAGCCUGGUUGCUCACCAAGGGGGGUUCAGUGCCGCCUACGGCACCUUCUGCAUGUUUGUCUGGACCUUCUGCUUCGCCGUCACCGUGUUCAUCAUCGCCUGCGAGUUCACACGCCUGCACAGCUGCCUGAGCCUCUCCUGGGGAAACUUCACGGCCGCUUUUGCCAUGCUGGCCACGCUCAUGUCCAUCACGGCAGCGGUGAUCUACCCGCUCUACUUCGUGCAGGUGGGCUGUUACCCCAUCGGCUGCCAGGUCCGGGAUUUCCGCAUCGCCGCCAGCGUCUUCGCGGGCCUCCUGUUCGUCACCUACGCCGCCGAGGUGUUCUUGACCCGGGCCAAACCGGGACAGGUCACCAGCUACAUGGCCACCGUCUCUGGCCUCUUGAAAAUCGUCCAGGCCUUUGUGGCCUGCAUCAUCUUUGGGGCGCUGGUGAACGACAGCCAGUACGGUAAAUACGUGGCGACGCAGUGGUGUGUGGCUGUCUACAGCUUUUGCUUUGUGGUGACAGUGGUGGUGGUAGCCUUCAGUGUCACAGGUAAGACUGCCUUGCUGUGGUUCCCUUUUGAGCGUUCUGUGGUCAUCUACACCUUUGGGGCAGUGCUGCUCUACGCGAGCGCUGCGGUCAUCUGGCCAGUGUUCUGCUUUGACAGCAAGUACGGCUCCCCACGACGCCCCGGCCUCUGUGCCAAGGGAAAGUGCCCCUGGGACAGCCAGCUGGUGAUUGCCAUCUUCACCUAUGUCAACCUGCUGCUCUAUGUCUUGGACCUGGCGUACUCCCAGCGCAUCCGCUUUGUCUCACACAUCUGAACCGUGGGCCGGCCUCUGUGGAGGUUGUGUGUGAAUCCCUGCAGGUGCAGAGGGACGGGGCCAGGGGCACAGAGGUGCUGGGCAGGCAUGCACACACCACCAUCGGCCAAACUUCAAGUGAGGACUGACUACACUAAGGAAUUAAUGACCUGGAGCAGGUGGGCUGCAGCUGACACAGCCAGCCCAACUCCCCCAUGGUUCUGCCUCACCUGCCAGGGGCCAGCACGAAAGAAUGGCACAGCUCCACAUGCAUCUGCAGACAGCAGGAGUGCUUGUAGCCACAGCAGUGGGGCUGCAGGCUACCAGGUUACUGAGCCAAACAUUAGGAAAGACAUCAAAGAUUUUGAAACUGUUAAACCAGCGCCUAAUGGUAACCAAGUGACUGCUCAGGAAGUGGAAAAGAUAAAAGCUGCAUGAAGGAACUCCAGUUCAGGAGAUGAAAAUCAGUCCCUCGGAGUUUGGGUUAGUUUGGACUGUGUUGGGAGAUGUGGAAUGCUGCAAGUGUGGGCAGUUCCAGUCUGGGUGUUUCUGAGAAGAGCAUCAUAGCCAUAAAGUAUUUUGAAGGUUGCCAGUCUUUUCCCUUCCUCUCCUUUGCUGUCUAGCACAGAAAAGGAAUAUCCUCAAGUGCACACUUUGGAGGAGGCCUAUUUAAUGUAAUACUCCUAUUUAGCAAACACUGAGUCACUACAGAAAUGGAAAUUUGUAAAGUUGAGGCUCUACUGCUGAGAUUCAGGAUGCAGAGGAGAGCCAGCCUACAAAGUGACCGAGUGUGACCUUGGCACGUGCUCUGUCUUGAUCCAUGGGCCACCAUUUCUUUACACUGGGGUCAAGGGUUUUUUUCUGGAGGCUUGAAGAUAAAUUCUGGGGCAUGGCAAAGGGGAGGCAGAGACUGACUGAUCUCAUAGUGCUGCACAAGAGACCCAGCCGGGCGGGGAGGGGGCACGGAGAGGACGGGACAUGACAGAACUUGUGCAUGGUGCCCCGGAGCAGCUCAGGAUUCCUGAGCACUCUGCAUCACUGGGGAGCCCAAUUUCCCAGACCCACCCCUGACAAAACACCCACUUUAAAGUUCCACACUUCUCAGCUCAGAUUUCAGGCCCCACAGGAAUCUUCAUUUGUUGCAGGGAGAAGCCAGAGUGUCCAAGUGCUUGUGCGGCACAUGCAGAUUUGAGUGCUUUGAUUAAAAUCUCCAGUAGCUGCCUGUCAGAAGCAAGAUUUAUUUUUUAACCAAAACAAAAUAAAGGUGAAUGGCAGAUGUACACUUAUAUCUCCUGAGAUCUGUGUGCUGUCAUCCUCCUCUCCACACUCAUUGCAGCAGACACAGCCUUUCCUUCGUGAAGGCAGAGCUCACUUCAUUCUGGUGUACAAAGCCUGAGCACAGACCCAGAAAACAACAGACACAACACAGCAAGACCUCUGAGGGGAUCCUUUGCAGCAGAAUGACUCAGGAAUAAGGAAGCAAACUUACUUUUAAUCACUGCUUUGUGUGGGGUUUGAAGAGCAAAGGGAAAACUUGUUGGGACAGACGAUGUUGAAUAAUUCUGAGCAAGGACCAGCCCUUCGCAGGGGGAGCAUCAGCCAGGACAUGGGACAAGAAUUGGGAUCCAGCACAGAGGAACAGCCUGCCAAGAGGGUUUUCUCUUCUGUGAGUGCCAGUGAAGGGCAGGAAAUCUGGAAGAUGUGGUCCAAGAGGAGGCUGGCAGGGCAAGACCCCUGGUCUUGGCAAGGAAAGGCUGGCAAGGCAAUCUGCUAUAGAUAUAAACCAGGAGCUUUAUUUCUUGACACCCAAACAAAUUAUGAGUUGUUCAAGAACAAAAUGCUAACUUGGGAAGGGAAAUCCACUUGUGUUGGAGGGGUCAAUUUACAAGAGCCACUGCAUACAAAGGGACCUUGAACAUUAGUGAUGUAUUCCUGUUAAACCCAUCAAUAUGGACAAAUUAAGUUGUGUAACACUUGAAAAUUACUUUUAUUUUUGGUUGUUGUUAUUUCAGAUCACUAAAAAACCAAACAGGUGCCUGUGAAGGACCAUGGCCUUUGUUAUAAAACCCAACCCAGUGGGCCCAGGAACACUGCUUGAGGAAAGCCCCAACCUGGUCUGGCUCUGGGGGGCUGGGAGGGAGCCAGCCCCUUGCUGGGAGGCAAGAGCCCAGGCAGGGGGUGCCUGUCCCCAGCGAUGGCACCAGCAGGGCUCAGGCAGCAGCAGCUGCUGGAAAGCUCCUUGGCCGACAGCGUGUGGCUGAGCAGGCACUCCUGGCUUACUGCUGGGAAGAUUUUGCACCAAGUAGGAGCAAGAGCAGAAACACGGUAAAACUGACAAUGCCAUGGGUUGAUGGAACUUACACCCAGCCAGGGUCAAAGGGCCAGAGAGGAACUGGUACUUGGGAAACAAUGAGGGCAAAAUGGAGCAUCUUCACAAUAAGGGGAAAGAGAAUUUAACAUGGAAAUCAUGAUCCCACUGACUGGAGGAGUGGAAACACAGGUCAUUGCCAAGAACAGUGUGUUCAGAUUUAGCUUUCUCAUCUGCCAGCCAAAGACUGAGCA